AUGGGUUGGCCUUACCAUUUUGUGGAUAUCACCCCCGACGAGAAAAGCCACCGACGAGAACUCCUCUCUCAAUAUGCGUAUAUCUCGCAAGUAUCGGUGCUGAUCCCGAUUUCUGGCUAUGCAUUGUAUCGGCUAUGUACAUGGCUCUUCGCUAGGACAGGGGCGGUUGAUGUCGCAUACUCUGCCCUGAAAGAGCCAGGCAACACCGAAUCAACCCGAGAAUCCCAUGGCGUCUCGCUCAAAGCGAUUGGCAGUCGGUGCAGGGUAUUGCUGUGGUGGUUGAAUGGGGAAGUGACUCCAAACUGGGGAUUGAGAGGCCACUCGAUCGCUGCGGUCAUUUGGACUCUUUGGCUCCUCAUUCUCUGCUUUCUUCAGACUGGCCACGACUAUCUCCAUGUCACAAAACGUUUUGGAAGUGUGGCCGCAGCCCAGCUGCCUCUUCUAUUUCUCCUGUCGAUGCGCACUCGCUUUUCUCCGCUUGUUAUCAUCUUUGGCUCUUCGCACGAGCAGCUUAUACAUUGGCAUCGAAUCUGCGGCCGAGUCAUUAUGAUCCUAUUGCUUCUCCAUGGAACAUGGUAUAUCAAUUACUUCGUUCAGAAUGGGAUUCUCGCGGAUCGUAUACGGCAACAACAUCCUAUCACGGGGCUAAUAUCGAUAUCCUUGAUAGCGACUAUCGCAUCCACAAGCCUUGAAAGGGUUCGAAAAUGGAGUUACCGCGUAUUUAUUUACUGUCAUCUCAGUUUUGGGCUGGCGAUUUGGCCAUUGCUGCUUCUCCAUGCGAAGCCACUCAGACUGUACGCUGCUGAAGCACUGGCACUGUUCAUCAUUGAUCGAGUUCUCCGAUAUAUGGACACGGUCACAGACCCUGCCAUCCUUGAGCAGGUGCCUCAUACGGAGUUGCUGAAGAUACGGUUCCCUAUGACCUCGACCAAGUCGGCGCGAUUCCAGGCCAAACCUGGCCAGCACGUGUACUUAUCUAUCCCUUCCAACCCGACCUGCACGGGCAGUAAAGGCCUUCUCUCCAAUCCUUUUACGGUAUCAGAGGUUACAGCGAAUGAAAUCGCGCUCGUUCUGCGAGCCCGACGCGGUCCUACCACGCAAACGCUCCGGACUCACGCGGAUCGCUUCAAGACUCACCCCUUGAUCAGUAUAGAAGGGCCAUACGGAGGGGCUUUACCGGUCGCAGAGCUUGCUUCUAGUGUUGACCGUAUUCUACUCGUGGCAGGAGGUAUCGGAGGGACAUUCAUCUUGCCCGUUUAUUGGGCUCUGCAGGAGCAGCUGGAACUGGAGACUGGCGGGUCGGAUCGACUCAACCUCACUUGGGCUCUCAGAUCAGCUGCUGAGGCUAGCUGGGCGAUAGAUUACGAAAAGCAGGCAUUUUCUCAAAGCUCGAAUGUUCAUAUUUAUUUGACACGGCAUCGCCUCAGAAGGAAUGCCCUGGAUGACACAGUCCAUGCUGAAGGCCUAGAGUUGAAUGAAUUACAAGAAUCCAGCGACAUGGUCGGAGGAGUGAAACCACUGGCUGGGCGACCUGACCUGAAGGAUAUUGUCGAUGAAACAUUCAGAUAUAAUGCUGACGAGCGGGUUGCGGUGAUUUUCUGCGGUCCUCGAGAGAUGGGACGCGAGCUACGUGCUCAUGCUGGCAAAUGGGUCACCAAGGGUCGAGAGGUUAUUUGGCAUCAAGAGACCUUUGGAUGGUAG